AUGAUUGGUGCUCCAUGGCCCCCCGAGUCGGUGUUCGGCAGCACUGUGGAGCGCGUGGCCUCGCCGGCGCCGGUGCCAGAGCGUAAGACGAGCCUCGCCGAGGCGCUGCGCCUACGUCUCUCCGACUUUGUGGAAAAGAUGAGCUCGGGAGAAAAGAGGCGGGUUCAGAUUCUGCAUGGCAUGCUCUACCCCGCCAUGGUGCACCUCCUCGACGAGUGCAGCACUGACAUCGACGUCGCGGACCGGCACACGGUGCUGGAACUGGUACGGCAGGAGUGCGAGGCGAAGGGCGGAUGCUGUGUGUAUGCGACCCACAUCCUAGACCGAAUUAAAGGCUGGGCCACUCACCUGCUACUCAUGGAGGGGGGCCGCGUGGUGGAUUUCAAGGCAGUGGCAGACAUCACCGUGCCCUUGGAAGACUACGCGUUUCAGUUCAUGAGCAAGCGCAGCGGCAGUGCUCGCGGCGCCGCCGCAGUGUCAGCACCGCCAUUGUCGUACGGGAAGUUUAUGACCAUAUCACCCGCAUCUUCAACGUGUCCAAUGACAUCCGCAGCCACCUCCCUAUCCUCUGCGACAGUCAGCGUGCCGGUCACGUUCUGGCCCCAAGAGAGAAGGGACGACAGCCCAAGCGAAGUCGUCAUCGACUGUGUGCACUUGACCUACAAGAAUGUGUUUGCAAACCUGUCGUUUCAGGUGUUCCGUGGUGAGCGGGUGUUGCUGUGCGGCGGUAACGGCUCUGGCAAAUCCACCUUACUGAACAUGCUUGGUGGGAAGCAGUUCUUUGACAAUCGCCACGGUGCCCUCUCCGUGCUCGGUAAGCGCUGCUAUGAUGGCAUGCUGCUGAACAGCCUUGUCAGCUACGGCGGAGAUUGGUGGACCGCCGUGCCGGGUGGUGAGGUGCACGUGCGAGAAAUGCUGCAGCUACGGACGUCUCGUGCCGAGCACUUGCGUGAGAUGCUCGCCGUGGACAUGGACUGGGAUGUGCGGCACAUCAGCUCUGGGGAGCAGAGGCGUGUGCAGCUGCUCUUGCACUUGUUGGAGGACAAACCUGUCGUGCUGCUUGAUGAGGCGACCGCUGACUUGGACAUUGAUCAGCGCCACUGCCUCAUGCAGUUCCUCUACGAAGAGAGCGUGCAGCGCGGGGUGACAGUCGUCUACUCGACACACAUUUUCGGAGGGCUGGAGGGCUGGGCCGACGUCGUGGUGCUGCUGGACCGCACAGUACGCGGUCUUCAUGCUGUGUGGCGUGCCUCUAAGGGGCAGUCCAUCUCACUGGAACGUGUCGCUGAUGAAAUCGUUGCUCUCAGGGCGCGAGAGGUUUCUUGGGCAACACCAUUCCCCACUAUGGACGACACAGUUGCACAUGCGCGCGAAGCCGCUUGUCUCCCGGCUGCAAUUACGGGCAACUAUGAUGCCAGUUGCUGA